AUGCGUCGUUCACAUCCGAUCAAUCGUUUCGUACGCCUGCUGUUCACCAACUCCCCGUCACGCAUGUUCUGCGAUGCCGAUUGCCGUCCUCGCCUCCACCUCUCAAAGAACCUCGCCAAACAGGUCGAAAUUCAUCGUCUGUUCAGGACUGUACCUUCGUCGUCGGGAAUGUUCGUGUUGACCACGUUUUGUGCCCUGCUGCUUUUCGCCAACUGUCAGGCCCUUUGGAAGGUCUGCUACAAGGACAAGAACUACUGCGGUAAUCGUUCUCUCGUCUCUGUUAACAGGGUUUCGAGCGCGGUCGUUUUUUCCUUGCCAUUGCGGAGUAAACUGCCUUUCUAA